UUGAGUCCAGCUGCGAAUUUUUAGUGUUUUUUUCUAGAAAAACGAUCCGAAAAAAUUUUGAAUCUAUGAGAACAGGUUAGUACUCCACCGCUUAAUCCUUCAUUCGUUACAUCGUUUCAUUCGUUCAUCUGCGACGUAACUGGCGAAAGGCAAUAGAAACAGCAAGUUUGAUCAAUUUUCCUCCAUGUUUUGCAAUUCAUUUUCCUGAUCCACGUAAAACGCGGCAACUGAGUAAAGAAGUAAUUACAUUUCUAAUGAUCGUCGUAAAAACCCGCGAGUUUUAACAUUUAUUUAACGUAAAUACAAGUAAUCUCAGUCCUGUAAGGUGAUUCCGUUGUGUUUUAUAAGGCCGAUUAUCACGGAGAGAUUCUGGUAAACUCCAUGUGAAAGCAAAGAGGUUUUUAAAGGAACGAUGAUGCCACCAUCGAACGAAAACACUCGAUCAAAUGCUAUAUGCGGACAAAUUUCAUUAAAAACUCAGAAUAAGAAUUCUGGAAAGGAAAAUUAGGUUUUAUCUAUGUGAGCACAAAGCAGAUGUGGGAUUAACCGAUUUUUUACUUAACUUAAUAAUAAGAGGAUUUACACUCCAACGAAGUUGAAUAUCAAAGCAAACAAGCGUUUAACAAAAGCACGACAGAGCUAAAGGAGAUCUUACUUGUUAAAAUAGCUGCUGAUAAACAAAGGCAUUUCAUUUUACAGAGAUACCAUGGACGAGCAGAACUACCAAUCAAUUGACAAUUAUAGUGUUUUCAAUACAACUAUAACACCGGGAAAUUUUACAUUACAAGCUGCAGAGGACUGUUUCGAUGGUAGGGCGGCAAGAACAGCUAAGAUUACAGCUUGUAUUGCUGUUCUAGUUGUGACUAUUCUACUGAAUACGUUGGUAAUUUAUCCAGUGUACAAGUACAAGCGGAUGCGAAAGAACAUCAACUAUUUCAUCAUCAACAUGGCGGUCAGCGAUAUCUUGCUUGCGUCUCUAACGAAUACACUGAUAGCAGAACAAAUGAUCUCUGGCACAUGGAACUGGAAAAUCGAAGGUUUACCUGGUCGAAUGACCUGUAGAAUGGUGAACUUCAUGUGUACUAUGUUACUAUUGGUAUCCCCAUUGACCCUGUUCUUCAUGACGUUAGAGCGAUAUCGUGGAGUUACAUCGAUGACUAGAGUUAACGGUAUGUCGUAUUCUACGCGGUCCAUAUGUCUGAGUAUGUGCUGGAUUAUUCCUUCUAUACUCUACGCCGUAGAACUAUUCAGGGUUGACCUUCACAAGCAUCAAGGCAAGUCCUAUUGUGUCCCAACCGACGGCAACAAUCCACACUAUUUCAAUUACUUAGUUGCACUCUUUACGACUUACGUUUUUCUUUACAUAUCCGUUUUUCUCAUCGGAUUCCAAACUCUAAGAAAGCUGAGCAAGUCUGAAGGGUCUGUCAACGUAUCAGAAGCAAGGCAAAGAAAACGAAGAUCACAGAAGAUCAGGAGUGCCGUGAGGAUGAUUCAGUGGUCGCUUUGCGCGUUUGUCCUACUUUCAACGCCUUAUCAUAUGUUCGUAUUUUUUGACAAACUUUACCCUCAAAAAACAAGCUGCAAAAAAAGAAUCAAUCUCAUGUACUUAUUCCGGUAUCUCAUUUCAUUGAACUCCGCCUUAAGCCCAUGUAUUUAUUUCAUAUUCAUAAAAGACUUCAGAAGGUUUUUUCGAGGAGUUUCCAGACCUUUAGGGCGAAGUUUUUUUCUAAUAGAGCUACAUCCACCAACAUAAAACACACCAUCCUUAAAGAUUUAAUAAGAGACUAUUAAGAUGGAAAAUCCUGUUUAAAACCAAAACAUAGCAGUAGUAUAAAACCUGGGGUUUUUGUGAGGUAAUUAGCUUUAUGUAAUGAGUCAGAAACAUAUCAUUAAUUUGAAGGGCAAAAAUCAGGGAUAUCUGAGAUAUCCCGAUAUAUUCCAAGGGAAUUCCACGCAUAAUUGAUUGAGAUAAUUCUUUUCGUAUUCAAGGAGUGAGCGCCAAAAACUAUAUUCUUGAAUA